CCUUGGGAUCAGCUCCUAGGACAGUGUCUCUGGGCUUAAGGAGUCCUGACUGACUCCAGCAUUACAGAAUCCGAGAGAGGGGCUUCUGCUGGGAAAUGGACCCCUCACCAAGUUCAUCCUUUUUUAAAGCAAUUUGAUAUGUUGGAGUCUUUUACUCGCUUGGUUUCCUUUUGAAAGCUUCCACGUCGGCAGGAGGUAGGUAAGGCGAGCAGCAGUUGCCUCUGGAAUUAAUUGGAGUGCCCCAAGCCCAGGUGCUCUGCUUUUCUGCUUUACUCUUCUAUAGCUUGUUGGGCUGGAAGCAUUUUAUUUUAAAGGAAUCUACUACACUAUCUCUAUCUACGGGAAACAGAAUUAAACAGAGAAAAAAAAAGUGAAGAAUUUGGCAAGGAGCCACGUGCAGUGACUAAAGUAAGAAGUAGGGAAGUUGCAGUAAGUUUAGUUACCAGGACAUUGCAUGGCAGAGCGGGUCAGCUGUGGAUCUUUAAGGGGCUCAGAGACAAGCACAGGAUGCCCAUCCUACAGCGCAAAGGAGCUUUGCUUCCUUAGGUGAAUGUCCCGGCGCUGCGACUACGAGUGAAGCUGUUGGUCUUGGGAGGGGAUAAAGCUGCGUGUAAAUGAGAAGAGAGGAGUGUACCAGAGUGCUAUGGAGGGCAGCAACUUUGUUGCUGUGACUUUUAUAAGCCUUCAAGGAAGUUCCAUGGAGUUGGACUAAAAUAAAGUUUUGGGAUGUCUCUGUUUGGAUUAAAAUUUGGAAAGAAGAAAUUGAGAGAGGAAGAGAGAAAACUUCAAGCAAACAACCGGGACUUUAAUCUGCAGUUUGAAUAUGCUAACAAUUCAAUUAAAACAUCGAAAUACAACUUCUUCACUUUCCUGCCUCUCAACCUGUUUGAGCAGUUUCAGCGAAUAGCCAACGCUUACUUUCUUUUCUUGCUGAUUUUGCAGUUGAUUCCUCAGAUUUCCUCUCUGGCCUGGUUUACAACGGUGGUGCCCCUAGUGCUGGUGCUGGCUGUAUCGGGAGUCAAGGAUGCCAUCGAUGAUUUUAAUCGGCACAAAAGCGACAAGCACGUCAACAACCGCCCAGUCCAGGUCCUGAUCAAUGGCAUGUUAAAGAAUGAAAAAUGGAUGAAUGUCCAAGUGGGGGAUAUAAUAAAACUAGAAAACAACAACUUUGUGACGGCUGACCUACUGUUACUGUCAAGCAGUGAGCCACACAGCCUGACAUACAUUGAGACAGCUGAACUGGAUGGUGAAACAAACCUGAAGGUGAAGCAGGCACUGACAGUCACUGCAGAGCUUGGAGAAGAUCUUCAGAAACUGACAGAGUUUAAUGGUGAAGUCAAAUGUGAGGCACCAAAUAACAAACUGGAUAAGUUCACAGGAACUCUUACUCUCCAAGGAGAGAAGUAUGCCCUGGACAAUGAGAAGAUGUUGCUGAGGGGCUGCAUUAUUAGGAACACAGAAUGGUGCUUUGGUCUCGUGAUUUAUGCCGGGCCAGACACCAAACUAAUGCAGAACAGUGGAAAAACCACUUUUAAACGGACAAGCAUUGAUCGGCUCAUGAACGUCCUUGUGUUACUGAUCUUUGCAUUUCUAGGGCUGAUGUGUCUUAUUCUAGCCAUUGGCAAUGGCAUCUGGGAGUAUGAUAAAGGCUACUACUUCCAGGUCUACCUGCCCUGGGCAGAAGGUGUCAACUCUGCCUCCUAUUCCGGCUUCCUCAUGUUCUGGUCAUAUGUGAUCAUACUAAACACGGUGGUGCCAAUUUCACUCUAUGUCAGUGUAGAGAUUAUACGCUUGGGUAACAGUUUCUACAUUGACUGGGACCGUAAAAUGUAUUAUCCACCAAAGGACACACCGGCUCAGGCCCGUACCACUACACUCAAUGAAGAGCUGGGGCAGAUUGAGUACAUCUUCUCAGACAAAACAGGAACUCUCACUCAGAACAUCAUGUGUUUCAACAAGUGCUCCAUCAAUGGGAAAUCCUAUGGUGAUGUGUAUGAUAUGUCUGGGCAAAGGAUAGAAAUAAAUGAGAAGACAGAGAAGGUCGAUUUCUCAUACAACCAGUUAGCCGACCCGAAGUUUGUAUUCUAUGACCAUAGCCUGGUUGAAGCUGUGAAGCUGAGUGAUGUCCCAACGCACAGGUUCUUCCGGCUGCUCUCACUUUGUCACACAGUGAUGCCAGAAGAGAAGAAGGAAGGUAACUUGGUGUAUCAGGCCCAAUCUCCUGACGAGGGAGCCCUUGUCACUGCUGCCAGAAACUUUGGAUUUGUAUUCCGGGCUCGAACACCAGAGACCAUCACCGUUGUGGAAAUGGGAGAAACAAAAGUCUACAAACUCCUGGCGAUUCUUGACUUCAACAAUGUUCGCAAAAGAAUGUCUGUUAUUGUGCGGAGUCCAGAAGGUGACUUGACUUUGUACUGCAAGGGAGCUGACACCAUUCUUUAUGAACUGCUUCAUUCAUCCUGCGAUUCUCUGAAAGAGGAGACCACAGAACACCUGAAUGAGUUUGCUGGUGAAGGUCUGAGGACACUUGUGGUGGCUUAUAAAAACUUGGACGAAGAGUACUUUCAGGACUGGAUCAGGCGUCACCAUGAAGCAAGCACUGCCUUGGAAGGACGGGAAGAUAAACUGUCGGAGUUAUAUGAAGAGAUUGAAAAAGACCUCAUGCUUCUAGGUGCUACAGCGAUUGAGGACAAGUUACAAGAUGGAGUCCCACAGACGAUUGAGACUCUUGCCAGAGCCAACAUUAAGAUAUGGGUUCUCACUGGAGACAAGCAAGAGACAGCAAUGAAUAUUGGUUACUCCUGCAACUUGCUAAAUGAUGACAUGGAUGAUGUAUUCAUUAUUGAAGGCAGCACAUCUGAUGAUGUACUUAAGGAGCUGAGGAAUGCAAGGAAAAAGAUGAAGCCAGACUCCUUCCUGGACAGUAAUGAAAUCAACAUUCAGUUUGAAAAAUCUUCAAAAAAACCUAAAAUUUUACCUGAUGAGCAAGCAAAUGGGGUGUAUGGUCUGGUUAUCACUGGCCACAGUCUGGCUUACGCGCUGGAAGAGAAUCUGGAGCUGGAGCUGGUGAGAACUGCCUGCAUGUGCAAAGUGGUGAUCUGCUGCCGGGUGACUCCACUGCAGAAGGCCCAGGUGGUGGAGCUGGUGAAGAAGUACAAGAAGGCUGUGACCCUGGCAAUUGGAGACGGUGCCAACGAUGUCAGCAUGAUCAAAACUGCCCACAUCGGGGUUGGUAUCAGUGGCCAGGAGGGGAUGCAGGCAGUCUUGUCCAGUGACUUCUCCUUUGCACAGUUCCGCUACCUGCAGCGCCUGCUCUUGGUCCAUGGCCGGUGGUCCUACAUCCGCAUGUGCAAGUUCCUCAAAUACUUCUUCUACAAGAAUUUUGCCUUCACAUUAGUGCAUUUCUGGUAUGGGUUCUUCUCUGGCUUCUCAGCACAGACUGUCUACGACGAGUGGUUCAUUACACUUUACAAUUUGGUAUAUACCUCCCUCCCGGUGCUAGGAAUGAGCCUCUUUGAUCAGGAUGUGGACGAUCGUUGGAGCUUGCUGUUUCCUCAGCUCUACGUGCCUGGCCAGCAAAACCUCUACUUUAACAAAAUGGUGUUUGUCAAGUGCAUGUUUCAAGGGAUCUACAGUUCCCUCAUUCUUUUCUUCAUCCCCUAUGGGGCCAUGUACAAUACAGUGAGAAGCGAUGGGAAGGCUAUUGCUGACUACCAGUCCUUUGCACUGAUGGUCCAGACUUGCUUACUGAUUGUGGUGUCUGUACAGAUCGGCUUGGACACCUCUUACUGGACAGUUGUGAACCAGUUCUUCAUUUGGGGCAGCCUUUCUGUUUACUUUGCUAUCACCUUCACCAUGUAUAGUGACGGCAUGUACCUGAUCUUCACAGCCUCCUUUCCCUUUGUUGGUACGGCUCGAAACACCCUCAGCCAACCAAACGUGUGGCUAGCAAUCUUCCUUAGCAUCGCCCUCUGUGUGCUGCCUGUAGUCGGCUUUCGAUUCCUGAAGACUCAGUUAAGGCCAACUCCCAGCGAUAAGGUCCUGCUCAAGAUCAAAGAAGCCAAAAAGCGACCACCUCCACCCUCACCCAGGAGACGCCUGCGUCGGACCAGCACCCGCCGCUCCGGCUAUGCCUUUGCCCACCAGCAUGGCUUUGGAGCACUCAUCAUGUCUGGGAGAAAUAUGCGGCCAAAAUCACCUUUUGCCACGACAGGAACAUUUUCACCAAAUAGUGACAAAUAUAAACACAAAGGAUUGUAAAAAAAAAAAACCCAAAACAAACCAAAACAAACCAAAACAAAACACAAAAAAACCCCAAACCAAAAGGCACACAAAAAACCAACAAAGCAAACCAAAGCGAAAGGCUGUCAGGAGAGGGGGCUGUGCUCCCUGCAAACACUGAGUCAGUGGCUACCCAGAGCUCUGCCUUCCAGGCUACCAAAUCAAGAACUUGGGCCUUUUCUUUCACCCAGGUUCACCCUCUGAUGCCAGCUUCUCUUCCAAAGAUGUGUGCUGCUGCCAAGGGAAUGCAGGCAAGGUGCAUUAGAGCUGUUAGAGGUAUCCCAGAGGUCCUCUCUGAAACAAGAGAGAACGUGCUGCAGGAGGCAUCUCUGCUCCCUGAGAUGUUUAUAACGAUUAUUUUAUGCUGUUCUCCCUUUAACUACAUACCUCAGAGCAAAGAGAAGUCCAGGCUGAGGAAAAGGCUGAAUUGGCGAUGUCCUUGUCAUCCACGUGCCUUUGUUUCUAUCAUGAAUGCGCUCUGGGCUGUAUUACUGGGGUGACAGUAUUGACCCCAGGUGUGCCUUAGGUCCAGACACACAACGCCCAAGUAAUAUGCGUAAUAUGUGUAAUUUGUGGCCUUUUGAGUGUACACAAACACUUUGGAAGGCACAAGUUGCAAAUAGCCUCCUUCCAAACUAAUGGUUAAUCCAAUUUCUCAAGAGAUGGCCAGUGUCCAAGCACCACUCUCUUCCCGCAUCUGCGGUAGGGAAUUGCUUAGUGAAACCCUUAGUUGGUCAAGGGACAAGGACUUGACAUUCAUCAGCCUGCCCUGUUUUUAUCUGCAUUGCAAAUAUGCUUUUGCAAAACAUCAUUGUCCUCAGAGCCCUCUCAGGUUCUGUAGCAGGUCACCAGCCAUUUCAUUUAGACUUUAAAUAAAAGGGCAGAAGCAUCUCAGUCUCCCAUCAGGUUAUAAAGCCCGGCCCUGAGAAGCCCGUGUCAUGGUUAGGGCUCAUCUGAGCUGCCAGCACUGGGUGUCUCUCCCGCCAUAACAGACUGAGACACACGCACGUCUGACUCGACGGAGACCUCACGAGCAGUAUCAGAGGCAGAGAUGCUAUUUCACGGCUAGCACAGGGUGUCCUGCCCUUUACCCCUCCCUGUCCUCCACUGGUGCUGUGGCUCAGCAUAAGGGAUGAAGCAUGACCUGGUGACUCCUUCACGCUCCCUGAUAAGCCAUGUGGUGGAGUGCCAGAGGAACUCAGUGAGGGCUCAGGAGUCUCUGCAGAGUUUUUGUGUGCUGGCUAGUAUUUUAUUCAGGAACAGUUUGUCAGUCAUGAGCUGCAGAGAGCUGGAAAUGCUGUCAGUCUGACUGCCAGCAGAGGGACCUGGGAUGCCCAGACGCAGCCAAAGGCAGAGGGAUCUUGAGGGACUGGGCUUUGCUCGCUGUUUUGUUAUACCACGUCCAUCAUCAGCGGGGUUACUGGGUGGAAAGACAGCAUGUCAGUGCGAGAGCUUGUCCUGCCAGCACUGCUGAGCUGUCUAAAUGGAGCUUUUAUGUGCAGAGGACUAAGCGACGUUAGCUGGGGUUUUAUUUUUUUCAGAUCCUUUAUACAGAUUUAGACUCCUUCCUUGAUCUGAAUUGGGUUGUGGUUUGUUUUUUUUUGCACAGUAACCAUCUGGUAUUUAUUGGGAGCUCUCUGCCUUGAGUCUCUGAACUAUUGGUGGAGGCAGUAUGUGAUGGCAACAGGCCAGCCACGUCCCCAUUUCAUCCAGUCUGCAUAUAACACCUUGUGGCCUGUGGUCCCAGUUUCAGCAGUUUCUAUGUAAAGAUAGUUUAAACAGAAGUUUAACUCACACAGAAAAAUACCCCAGUCUGUUGCACCUGCUGCUUUUUGAGAGGCUCGUUGCAAACUGUGGCAUUGGAUUUCAGCGUAGCCACUGCAAAACUAGAGCUGGGGCUGGAUCUAGGCUUCAGUGGCCAGGAGCUGCUGGAUAGGGAAGGAGCAAAUGCUAAUCUGGCCAUCUCCCCUGCAAGGAGAUACCUAAGUAAAGUGAGAGCCUGCAGCCUGGGUGAGGAAACACUGUGAUAGCUGGUGCUUGCCACCUCCCUCUGAUUUACCAUUCACUUUGCAGAGACAAUCAUGGCUUUCUGAUGAGGAUUAUGUCUCCCGCAGUCAGCCACCCUGAGGCUAGAGGAAAAAGAGGAAUUUGUGCAGGCAAGCAGACAUCCCCACGGUACCCAGACUGGUGUACGGACUGUUCCUAGCACGUAGUGUAGCGCAAUAUAACGCAGAGCACCAGAAGCAGAUCUUUUGUUGGCAGGGCAAGGAAACUCUGACACUGUGUCACUCUUCUCAUACAGUUUACGUGAAAAGCACUCACCUUCUGGCUGAAGGGGAUUUGUAAAUACUGCAUAGGACGUGCAGGGGAUAAUAGAGCUGUUGGUGAGCUUGCUCCACAUACAGAUAUUUCAGUGGUUUGACUAGAUCAGCAUUUGAAACACAUCAGCUGGCAGUGAUGUCUGUCCUACAUCACUCCAAUUUUGUAAAAUGAUUUUUUUUUUAAGAAUAAAAAGAUAAUACUAGGAUGACAGACUCCUUGCCACUCUGUUAAUUGGUUGAAGGAAUGGCGCAGCCUGUGGGAUGGGGGCUUAUCCAUAGACAUAGAGGGGCAGCUUUAUGGUGGGGAAGCUGCCUUGAGGGGAGGUGUCAGUAUUUCUCAUGUGUGCAGUGCUGUAUCAGUCCCAUGGCGAGCAUCAGACCUCAUGUAGUGGAGUGUAUGAAGAGGAUACUUUAGUCUUUCAUGAAGUUUUCAUAUUUGAUAGACCUAUCAAAAUGUAAGCCCUGAAAUGUGUUUUUGGGGUGUUUUCCCCUCCCUUUUUCUCAUUAUUCCAUAAUGUAAAGGUUCAUGGUUUGAAUGCUGUGUUCUGCUGUAGCACCUAAAUACCAGCCCUCUAGGGAGCAAUUUCGGGACCAAGAAUGAUAGUGCUUUGAUGAUAACCAGUAAUGAUAUGGUUACUUUCUUACACUGUAGCAGAGGAGGGCUUAGAGCAUCUUCUUCCUUCCCUGAAUUCAAUGAGGAGACAUGGAGAAACCUCUGCCACUAAUAGUGUGGGGCACCAGGUGCUUUUGGGCAGAAGCAUGUCAAGGUGCUUUUGGGAAUAGACUGCUCAAGGGCAUUUGUCAUUGCUAACUGCAACACCCGUGUUGCUGCUGGGCUGCCCAGUGGCUCUCGCAUCAUGGGUGUACAUCCACACAAUUCUCCUCCACUGACCUGUAGUCUGGAAGUUGUUCCUCAUGAACAGCAAUUACGGAAUGGGAGGGCAAAGGAGCACUGCAUGCUUACCCUAGGUUCUCCAACUGGAGUUAUCCUCAACAAAGUCUGUUGUAAGAAUGGAGCCCUCUGAGUAAUGACCCAUGCUAAUUACCAGCUGGAACAAAAACAGGAGCAUAAUGCACCUCUUGGAUACCUGUGGGCAGAGGUGCUGUGUCCUAUAACCCUUUCAGACCACUGACAGAACUACAUCCCAAACCCAGAUGUUCCAGCUGGAAAACCUCCUGUUCUGAUGGUUGAUUAUUUUUGUCCCCCUCUAAUUUUCAACCUGAAUGUGUUCACAGGGCAUUUGUUCUCUUGCUGUCGUGCCAGCAUUAUCCUUUUGCUUCAGCAGUUUUGUUUGUCUCCUGUGAUAUAUUUAGAGAGCAAUCCUAUCUGCUCUCUGCCUACAUUUGGCCAGGCUAAACAAGCCAGGCUCUUAAGUUUCUUCUUGUUUGAUAGGUUUUCUGUUUCCCCAAGGCCCUUUCUGCACCUGUUCAUUUGAGUUUAUCAUUUAUAAAUGUGGGUGACCAGAGGCUUUUUUUGUAUGAUGUUCCUGUCAUCAAUGCCUGUACAAUAGCAUUGGUAUUUCACUGCCUUGGCUAGACAGCAUUUGUUUUUCUUACGGCCUUUCUACGAUCUGUGAUCCCUAAUGCAGCUGGAGCGGUUAUUUUUCCUAACUUUACUGUGAAUAUGCACAACCAUUAGCUAAAUUGGGUUAGCUAAAUAAACACCUCUCCUCUC